AUGGCGCGCCGCUCAGCCAGGCUCCAGAAGCAUUCGCCGGCGCCCACGCAGUCGCGCUCCAGCGAUUCCCGCGACAGCUGGGAGACUGCUCCGUCUCGCUCCAACUCGCCAGCUCAGCAAGAGCUUCCCGCCGUUGCAGAGGACGAAGAGCUCGCGAUGAAGACGCCACAGAAGCCCGCGACCAACGGUACGAAGGCCUCGAAGGCGUCGCAGCUUCCAGAGCCGACCGCAACACCCAGCCGCACCCCCAACAAUCGCACUCCGAUCAAGCCAACCGGCAUCGAGAUGCAUCCGGCUCACCAUCACGCCAGCACUGCCAAGUACUUGGACGAGGCGCGCUGGCUCGGAUUCCAGGCUUUGGGCGCGCACACAGCUCCGCCGAAGCCCAUGGGUUUGAGCGCUGGACAAGACACACCGACGAAGGCGACUCCAGGCAAGGUGCCGGAAGGGGAUGUUGUGUCGCCGGACACUCGCUUUCGCUUCCGGUUCAAAUCACCUCUUAGUGCUCUUAGCCCGUCUUCGAAGAGGAUCUUGAAGGACGGCACACAAGAGGCAGCGGGUCGGGGCCUGUUCAAGGCGAACGAGUUUACCGCUCCCGUUGAUAUGACACCCAAACGCAAGACUGCCGUCCCCAAGGGCAAGAUGGCGCGCUUCAGCGACGCUCACAUGAAAGAAUUCAAGAAGAUGGACUCGAUCGCCAACCAUCCCUCUGCAUUCCGUGCCCUUCAGAAGUCGUCCUCCAAGGUCGACCUCAGCAAGGCGGAAUCGAGCACGAAGACCCCGAACACGCUGAAGCGGACGCAGUCUAAGAUGGAUUUGCUAGAGUCCAUGCCAAAGGCUCCUACUUCCGCAUUGAAGCGCACCCAGUCGAAGAUGGACGUAGCAGAGACCACAACAAAGAUUGCUCCCACGCCGCUCAAGCGGACCCAGUCUAAGAUGGACAUGGCGGGCAGCAGCCUUCCGCGGUCGCAAACGACUGUCCGAGCUCUUCCUCCGUCGCGAGAUGGUCCCCGUCCGACCCAGGAGGACAACCCGUUCGCGAAGCGUGUCAAGCGUACCGAGACAGACGACGCUGCUACUGCGCGCCCGACAUCCCGCGACGGCCCUGCGCCUGAUAAGUCCGCUGCUGUUACCUCGACACCGGCUCGGAAGAACACGGGCUUGCCGCGACUGGCGUCUAGGCUGAUGACACCGACGAAAUCGUCCAUCGCGAGAACUCAGAGUGUCAAGACACUCAAGUCUCAAUCGAUGAUUCCUGGUCCGUCUCUACUGCAUUCGCCGUCGACGAGGAACCUCCUCUCGCCCACCAACAAUGGCUCACCCUCACCCACGAAGAACAUGUUCUUGCCGACCAACAUUAGCAACGCCUUUAAGGAGGGCGUUCGUGACGGUAUCCGCAAGACAAGCAGCUCACUCCAGCGCGUUCGAUCCAUCCUCCGCACACCGGGCCGCAAGUUCUCCGAAGAUCCUACAAAGAUCGCUGCCGGCACCCAUAUGUCUCCCCCAUCCGGAUGGAACACCAGCAACGUGCUUCCUGCGAUGCCCAAAACAGCGCCGGUGAAGAAGCACGUCAACUUCACCAAUAGCACGCUGGAGCGAGCGGGAGUUGAUGAGCUUGGCAAGUCUCCUUCGCCGAUGAAGCUGCGUGCUGGGUCCGAGGUCCCCUCUGGAGCAGUCAUCUAUCCCAGCUUGGGCAGCUCGGUGGAGUACCCCACCAUUCCUGAAGGUGCAGAGUCGGCUUCCGCUUCGCCAUCGCGAUGUCUCACUUUCGGCGGUGCUACCGAGAGCACGCCAGCCGCAUCAGCCGCAUUCUCGUUCAAAUCUGACAAGCCCAUCAACUUUGGUCCUCCUUCGACAGGUACUAUCCGCAUGGUUCGAAAGAGUGAUGCCUCGUCGAUCGUGGAGGGCAAGAAGCGCAAGCUCGAGACGGUCUCUGAGGGCUCGGACAAGGAGAACAGCGAGCAAUCCCCUGAUACUGGGCGCUCCGCAAAGAAGAUCAAGACUGCUCCGGUAGCAGUCCCGCAGACGCCCUCGAAAUCUGCAUCGAAGCUGCCCCGCCGCACGCCGCAGGGAAACUCAAUCAGCAAGUCCAGGCUUGCCUUCUUGGCCACGCCAAAGCGCGGCAAGGCUUAA